CUCUCAGUCUUAGGAGGCGGCGUGACGCCGCGGUUCUCAGCGCGGCCAGGGAGCGUCCCCAGGUCUGCGUCCCUGUGAACGAACGUCUCAUGUAGGUAGGACGCUUUGUGGAGAACCUAAGUGAAAGAACAAAGAUCUCUAAAAGUGCAUUUGAAAACAUCUCUAAAUAUUUGUGUCUGUGUAGAAGUAUCUAAUGAGAAAUUGACCCCAACAAAACCAGUUGAAUAGUUAAGGUAGGUUUGUGUGUAUCAUCAGAUUCUCCAGAAGUUGAAGGAUCCUCCACUGAAUUUAAGGCGUGUGUGUAGUGAAUGAGAGGAUGACCUUUCAGUUUAAUUUCACUGUAGAAGACCAUUUGGGAAAUGAAUUAACACCUUUUGGAGAUGAAGAUUUGACCCUGGGUUCCUCAAAAGAGUCAUCAGUCUCAGAGAGUCAAAAAGGACAAUGGGGGUACAGAAAAUGUUCUACAGAACAAUUCAACUUGCCUCAGGAUGACUUCUGGGAACACAAGUCAGUGGGAAAUGCAGCUCCCUCUGAAGACAGAGACAACCCGCUCAGAGCAGCUAACAGUGCAGAUACCUUGGAGCCACACAAAAAACAGCCUGGCUUGAGAGUUGCCAAAGAGCAUGCUAUGCCUCAAGAUUUAAAGAAAGUACUCGAAAAUAAAGUUGUGGGAACUUUACCAGGUCUCCAGCAUAUUAGUGUAUCAAUAGUGAAAACCACCUUGUUGGAAAAAAACUUCCCUGGAGAAAACAUAGUUUCGAAAAGCUUUUCUUCUCACUCUGAUCUGAUUACAGGUGUUUAUGAAGGAGGCUUAAAAAUCUGGGAAUGUACCUUCGAUCUGCUGGCUUAUUUCACGAAGGCCAGAGUGGACUUUGCUGGGAAAAAAGUCUUGGAUCUCGGCUGUGGUUCAGGGUUGUUGGGUAUAAUUGCAUUUAAAGGAGGGGCCAAAGAAAUUCAUUUUCAGGAUUACAACAGCUUGGUGAUUGAUGAAGUAACCUUACCUAAUGUAGUGGCUAACUCCACUUUGGUAGAAGAAAAUGGUAUAAAUGAACCAGCUGUGAAAAGAGUCAGGACAUCAAAACAAGCACAACAACCAUUUAAAUACCGGUUCUUUUCUGGGGAGUGGUCUGAAUUUUGUGAACUUGUACUACGCAGUGAAAAAUUCUUUGUAAAGUAUGAUCUUAUUCUCACUUCAGAAACCAUUUACAAUCCAGAUUAUUACAGCACUUUGCACGAAACAUUCCUUAGACUACUGGAUAGAAAUGGACGAGUGCUUUUGGCCAGCAAAGCACAUUAUUUUGGUGUAGGUGGAGGUGUUCAUCUCUUUCAGAAGUUUAUAGAAGAAAGGAAUGUAUUUGAGACUAGAACGCUUGAAAUAAUUGAUGAAGGACUGAAGAGGGUCCUAAUUGAGCUGACUUUUAAGCACUCCAGUUGAUGUCCAUUGAAUGUGCUAAGUGAAGUAAACUGAGUCACCAAAACUUUUGAGUGUUCAAUUUCUGCUUUGUGAUUAUUUUCUGAAAUUAUGUUUGUUUAGUUUAUCCAAAAAACAGAACAGCUAUAUUAGCAGGCUCGUAUCUGCUUGGUGAGGAUGAGGAAAAGUACCCCUGAACAUUUUGGUGAGAUCACCUGGGGAAUGGUUUUGUGGGACAGUUGUCUGUUCUCCAGCCUUCAUUCUCUUUGACCUUUCUACCACCUUUGACAUUAUAUGAGAUUUUUCCCAGAAAAAUCUGCCAUUUCUUAUUUUGAGUUUAUGAAUUUUUUCCCAGACGUUUUUAGUCCCUUAGCUUAGAAGGGAGACUUCAUCUUGCUUACUUUGGACACAUUGUUAGGAAAGACCAGUUGCUACAAAAGGACAUCAUUUUUGAUAAAGUAGAGAGCGAAAACGAGGGAAACCCUCAGUGGGAUGGAUUGACAUGAGCCACAGCAAUGGACUCCAACAUAUCAAUGAUCAUGACGGUAGAGUAGGACCAGGCAGUGGUUUGUUCUGCUAUAUGUAAGGUUGCCAUGAGUCGGAGCUGACUCGAAGGCAAUGGCAACAGCUAUUGACCAGGAGAUGCCUAGUCAGACCACAAUGCCAUGAAUUCUAAGGGAAUAUCAUGCAGCAGUAAAUGGUACUGACCCUAAGUACUAGGUUGAAGGCCUUAUGUAACUAGGAAGUUUUUGUUUUUACUAUUUACGUACCUUCUGUAAUAAGAAUAGGAUGCUGAGCAGUUGAAUUCAUGCAGUGAUGGAAGAACUAAAGGAGAGUCAGUGAUAGAGUAUAAAAGUUGUACAUGAAGCAGUUCUUAAGGUUAACCCAUUGUAGCCAAGUAGGAGACUCUAGGAUCUUGAUAUGAGGUAAAAGAACAGGAAGGGAGAAUUCCAGGUUCUGGUCAGUAUGAACUCGUUACCCAUUGCUGUUGAAUCUGUUCCAACUCAAUGGUCCUAUAGGUCAGUAGAACUACGCCAUAGAGUUACCAUGGUGGUAAUCUUUAGGAAAGCAGACUUCCACAUCUUUCUCCCACGGAACAGCUGGUGGGUUUAAAGCUGACCUUUCGGUUAGCACCCCAGCACUUAACCACUGCACCACCAGAGCUCCUUAUAAACUCACCGGUUUUCAAGUUGUAAAAUAGUGGGAAAGAGAAAGGGAGAAAUUAUUUUUUUUGAUUCUAGCAUGGAAUGUUUCACAUUUUAACACCUCUGAAAUUGGUAUCUGCUUUUGUAUGGAUACCAAUAGUAUAAGUGGCAGCAUUUUUCUUUCUUGGGGAUAACUUGUUCCUAAAAAUAAUGGUACAUUUUGUAUUCAGUGAAAUGUUACACUUAUUAGAUAUCUACUGUUAGCCAGUUUAUGUAUAGUAUCUUCCUUAAUACAACCUUAUGAGAUCGAUAUCCCCUUAAUAAUGGUCAUAAAAACUAGCAGUUUUUGCAUUUAUAAUGUGCGGAGAAGAAACACUUUGCAUGCACUAACAUUUAACGUUCACAACAACUUGGAUUAGGUUCUAGUCACUAUCCCCAUUUUGUAGAUAAAGAACUUGAGGAUCAGGAAGUUGAGUAACUUGCUCCCUUUCCUUAAUACAACCUUAUGAGAUCUAUAUUCCCUUAAUAAUGGUCAUAAAAACUAGCAGUUUUUGCAUUUAUUGUGUGCGGAGAAGAAACACUUUGCAUGCACUAACAUUUAACGUUCACAACAACUGUGGAUUAGGUUCUAAUCACUAUCCCCAUUUUGUAGAUAAAGAACUUGAGGAUCAGGAAGUUGAGUAACUUGCUCCCAAACACAAAUUCUUCACCUUGAACCAGAACCUGAACUGAGACCUUUGUAAAGCCUUUGCUCUUUUCACCACACCAGUGGACUCAACUGUAAGAACCAAUGCCUGUUUUUCAUCACAGAUAUUUCUUAGCACUCUUAUUCUGAAAUGAAAUUCAUAGUUAAAUUCAUGUACUGUUGAAGAGGCUGUGGAGAGAUUGGAACACAUACACUGCUGGUGGGAAUGUCAAAUGAUACAACCACUUUGGAAAUUGAUUUGGUGCUUCCUAAGCUAGAAAUAGAACUACCACACGAUCCAGCAGUCCUACUCCUUGGAAUAUAUCCUAGAGAAAUAAGAGCCUUUAUACGAAAAGAUAUAUGCACACGCAUGUUCAUUGCAGCAUUGUUUACAAUAGCAAAAAGAUGGAAGCAACCAAGGUGCCCAUCAAUGGAUGAAUGGAUAAAUUAUGCUACAAUUAGUUUUUUUUUUUAUUCACACAGUGAAAUACUAUACACGUAGAUAAAGAACAGUGAUGAGUCCUUGAAGCAUUUCAUAACACGGAGGAAUCUGGAAGGCAUCAUGCUGAGUGAAAUUAGUUGCAAAAGGAUAAAUAUUGUAUGAGCUAAGGCUCAGGCUGCUAACUAAAAGGUCAGCAGUUCAAAUCUGCCAGCAGCUUCUUGGAAACCCUAUGGGGCAGUUCUACCUCUGUCCUAUAGGGUCACUAUGAGUCAGGAUUGACUCGAUG